AUGAAAGAGUUGCUACAGUUGAGGACAGAAGAAGACCUCGAAAUAACAGAUGGUUAUGGCGUUUCAACUUUUGGUUGCGCUGUGCAGACCGGAACCAUCCAGAUGGUUAGAUGCCUGGUUGAGAAGAACAAGCAAAUAGUUAGCAAGCGCCUUACAUUUCCCAGGGAUAUGAAUAUGACUCCGGUACUUGUGGCUUAUUAUAAAGCAGGCAACUGGAAAAUGGCUCGCUAUCUCUAUUCUGUCACUCCCGUCGAAUUUCUGAUUCAAGAAAAUGACGGCCGCUGCGAUGGCGCCGAACUUAUUUCCCGUUGUUUUCUCACCCAUGAAUUUGUUCUUCCUUCUUCUUUCACCCCUACUAUAGAUAUUGCAUGGGAUUUAAUUCAGCGUUACCCAAUCUUGGCCAUUACUAGAGACUAUUCCGGAUGCUAUCCUUUCAAUGCAUUGGCUAGUGCCCGGUCUGUAUUUCCAAGCAUAUACAAACAUUAUCCAACUCCUACCACCAGUGACAUUUGUUGUGUAAAUUUUUUGAAAAACCAGAAGAAGACGAAGGCAAUCAAACGGAACACAUUCGCUCAGUGCAUGUGUGAAGUGGUAAAAAACAAACAGCCUGUGCAAGUUCCAUGCUUGCGUGAAGCAAUCUUCAAAGCUGUAGAACGAGGUCAUGUUGAGUUUAUUGAUCUUUUAGGAGAAGCAAAUCCAGACCUCCUACGGGUCACUGAUGGAAAAGGCAGGAACAUACUCCAACAUGCCAUUGAAUCUCGUCAAGCAAAAGUUUACGACUUUAUAUACAAGCAUGACAAUGAAAGGAAAGCUACUAUAAAUUCUACAGAUACGUUUAACAAUGGCAUUCUACAUGCAGCAGGGAAUUUGUAUCCACACCUUGAUCAUAUUAAAGGUGCACCUUUGCAAAUGCAGAGAGAGCUACAAUGGUUCAAGGAGGUGGAGAGUAUUGCACCUGCCAAUGUUCGUGAACUUACCAAUUAUACCGACGAUAUGACAGCACAAGAACUAUUUAGCAAGAACCAAAAAGAAUUGGUGAAGAAGGGAGAGAAAUCAUUGAAAGCAACUUCUUGUACAGUCGCAGGUACUCUCAUCGUUACAAUGAUGUUUGCUGCAUCAUUUACAGUUCCUGGAGGAAUUCGAGGAGAUACAGGACUUCCAAUGUUCUUGAAAAAGCCUUUGUUCACGGUUUUUAUAAUCUCCGACUCUAUAUAG